AGUGAUGGAUAUUCAUCUAGCUCUGUUACUCUGGGAACCUGCAUAAAGGAUAGGGGGAAGCUUGCUGUUGUCUUGGUACACGGAUUUUGGGGAGGGGCCCUGCACAGUUGUGGCUUUUGAUUGGCCUGGUUGGAGAUUAACAUCUCGCCCACGCUGGAAGGAUUGGGAAGGCAAGCAAUUGCCAAACCCGUAUAUGCCACAGUCCCAGGUGAUUUUUCUACACUUCAUAUCCAAUCUACACAUUGCCCUUCUUUUCAACAUAGACCACUACCAGAUAUUAUUUUAAGUAUUGAUCUGGUUUCUUCAUUAUGUUGUAUUUAAUUUAAGUUAAUUGGUUGCUCCAACCAUUGUUUACGGGUUGGGAUAUCAGAAAAACAAUGUCAUCGCUAAGAAAGUUUGUGGGACAUACAAGAGGUCAGAUAAUCCUAUCCUUCUCAUUUUUGUAAACCCUGCUUUUGUAAUUUGAUCUAUUUAUAAUUAUUUCAACUAGGAUCUUGUGCUAAAUGAAAUGAUAAAAAUGCUGCCCUUGCAUUGUCUCUUUUCUUCUUUGGUUUGAAACCAUAUCCUUUGUUCUGCAAAGACCAUUCUGCUGUAUAUUCUUGAUGAUGAUAUUAUUCUUUUCCAGCUUUCUU